AUGGCAAAAGCAGCUUUUGCAGUGCUGGGUGCUGUGGCUGCACAGUCCUUAGACCUAGACUGCCCAGGACCAUGGAUAGAGUUUCGAGGCAAACUCUACCAAGCGGCCAAUCCGAACAUCCGACACUUUGCCAUUGCUUCUCAGGAAGUGCUGUCUUUGGCAGGCAAGUUUCAAGCGGAAAGGCCCAGCACUUCGAGUGGAGAUUGUCCUUUAGGAGAAGCUGCUCUUCGCAUUAUCGAGUCCCUCCAGAUCGGCGAAGGAGUGGAGGCUGUGACGAUAGCUUCGGACUUUGAGUUGCUGGAAGCCUUGGGCUGGAGUGCCUUGGUGAGAUCUGGUUGGCCCAUCUUCCAACUCUUGUACUUGCUUCACAAGCACGCAAAGCCGCAGCACCCGAGAGACCCAAGCAGCACUUGCUUCCAGAUGGACAACUAUGCCAGAACGUUGCAACGGGCUCUUCAGCACCAGCCAAAGCCUGGGGACGUAGGCUUGACAGCCUCAAGCUGGUCCUUUCUCUCACGAAAGAUCGCAGCGUCGUGCUCUUCCCUUGCCUCAGCUGCGAUCGUUGCGAUCGCUUGGGCAAGACUUCCCGUCUAUGACAUUGAAACCGAAGGUCUGCUGUAUCAGGCUCAGCAGCUGACAUUUUUGGCAGAUUUAGCCUUUGCCCAUGCCGAUCAUCCAUUACCCUUAGUUGUUGCACGCUUCGCCGCUGCUCAGCAGUUGUCUGUCCAUUUCAUAGAGUCUGACGACGAGGAACGUUCUGCUGACUGCGUCGUGCGCUUUGCUGGAACUCCUUCUGGUAGCUGCAACUUCUUCGCGCCCAUAUGGCAGGGUCUGAGGCCAUGGCAAUCUCGUGGGGUUUAUUUGGAGGACCAGGUCCGGGCAUUCCGGCCCACCACGGAUCAAAAGACUGUACUGUUCCGCCUAAUUGGAGAUGAGCUGGUGCAGGUGAUCCCUACACACUCGCAUUUGGACGUAGACUUCGGGGCCACGGAGCCGACCUGCCUUGCGCAUGCGCUCCUAGAUUUGCUGGCAAGUGUGGAGCUGCCCGACUUCGACAUCGUAUUGAAUCACGGAGAUCUACCCCUCCUCAGGAAAGCAAGCCACAAACCACCUUUCUAUGGACCAAUGGACAAAGAGGCAAGAACUCCGGCGCCGCUAUUCAGCAUUUGUGCAUCAGAGGAUUUUUGGGAUAUCCUUUUCCCGAACGUUUGCCGACCUGCGCUGGUGAACAUGUCUGGAAUGUCUCCCAUACCCUGGGAGCAAAAGCUACCCAUUGCUUUCUGGAGGGGCACCGACAGAGGUGCCGUGAAUUGGGCCAUUGAGGUGCGGGAUAUGUACAAAGGUUCCCCCAGGAAGCGCUUCCUGGACGCGUGGGCAGACAACGAUGACUUCGACAUGGCCUUUCUGGACGAUGACUUGCUGAACGCAACAGUGGUCAACACUGAUCCUAGUUUCGUCCCAUUGGAUCAGUGGCCUCGCCGGCGAUACCUUCUAGACCUUCCUGGAAACGGAUACUCGGGUUCGCUGAAGCAAAAGCUUACAGCCAGCUCUGCAGUCCUCUUCCUGAAUGAUGUGAAGGUGCAUGGAGCAACGCCUGUCUACGAGCAUUACCAUGGCGGGCUCCAGGAUAGACGCCACAUUCUAUUGAUUGGCAUGGACGACGCCGGAGAGAAGGUCAGGUGGGCACAAGAGCAUGACGACGACAUGCAGGAAAUGGUCCGCAAUGCUAACAGGUACAUGGAGAGCUUUGAGAAAUUAACUCAGUGCUACCUAUGGUUCCUGAUCACUCGUUUUGCAUCUAUUCUCAGGUAUCAGCCACACCAUGAGCAAACACCAGCAUUUGGGCCAGUGUCCGUUCGCACCAUGGUAGUUCAUCGCAGGCCUUUGAGGCGAGAAUCUGCAGCGUUCAAGAAUGAGUGCGAGCGCUUGCGGGCAGACAGUGAGAAAUGA